AUGGGAGAUAUCACGCACCCACCUGGCGACGACGACGCUCUGCGUCUACCCGUCCCGGCGCCAAACCAGGUAUACGUGAAAGUAUCCGCGCUCAACGGGGGUUUCUUGACCCUUCCGGAGCGCAACUUUGUGACGGACCCGGAUCCAGAGAAAGGGACAACGGUGCCAUCGAUGUGCUUUCUGAUCGAGCACCGGGAGCCGAGCACUUCCAAACUCACCCGGGUCGUGUUUGACCUGGGCAUCAAGCGCGACUUGACGCGGUACGCCCAGCCCGCGACGCAGCACCACAUCACCACCCGACAACCGGUAUAUUCGUCGGCGGACGCGCGGUCGAGCCUGAUGAGCGGCGGGCUGGACCCGGCCAGGGACAUCGACUACGUGAUCCUCAGCCACAUCCACUGGGACCACAUCGGCCUGCCGUCCGACUACCCCAACUCGACCUUCGUCGUGGGCUCGGGCACGCUGUACAUCCUCGAGAACGGCGCGCCGCACUACCCGCUCGAGCGCAUCGAGAAGGGCGCCCUGCCAGCGUCGCAGACCACGGAGCUUCCGCCCGUGCCCGAUUCGGACAGGAAACACAUGGCGGCCACCACCUCGCAGACAAAGCAUACGUGGACGUCCAUCUCGACGCUGCCCCACGCGGUCGACUUCUUCGGCGACGGCAGUCUGUGGAUCAUCGACGCCCCGGGCCACAUCCACGGCCACGUGAAUGCUCUGCUCCGCGUUGGGCCCGAGAAAUGGGUCUAUCUGGGCGGCGACUGCUGCCACGACCGCCGCAUCAUGACGGGUGAGAAGCAGAUUCUAGAGUACGACAACGGGCAGGGCAAGUUGAAGAGUGCGCACGCCGAGUUGCACAAGGCCCGGAAGACGAUCCAGAACGUGCAGAGGCUGAUAGAGGUCAACGGCGAAGCCGUUGAGUGGAUCGUCGCGCACGACUGGAAGUGGGCUUCGGAGAACCAGAACCGGUUCUUCCCAAGGUGGAUGUACUGA